UUUUCUACACCAGAAGAGCCAAAUUUUCGUGGUCAAAAUAACUUCGCUGGAUCAAUUCAUCAUAUUACUAAUAUUAAAAAAGAAGAUCAAUUAAAAAAUAAACGUGUAAUAGUAAUUGGUGGUGCUAAAAGUGCCAUUGAUAUGGCUACAUUAGCAGCAAUGCAUGCAAAGUCUUGUCAUAUGGUUUUCAGUCAUUCUUAUUGGAUCUUACCACAUAAAAUUCUUCAUGGUUAUAUUCCAUUAGACUAUGGAUUUAGUCGAAUAUUUACACAUAUAUUUGAUCCAUUUCCUAAUGCACCACAUAGUGCUGCAUUUUAUUUUCUUCAUCGAUCACCUGGUCCUAUUCAACCAGAAGUAAGCACAGGACAAACUUUUAAUCCAUACUUUCUUCAAUUUAUUCCUGUAUCCUAA